GCCGCCGUGGCGUCGGGCCCCCAGCGGAGCUGAGGGUUGGGGCUCGGAGGCCGAGGCGCCCGCGGCCGUGGGCUAGUGUCCGUGUGGCCUGGUCCGGGGCAUGUCCGCUUGAGGACGCCGCCGCCGCCCGCGUCCCGGCCCCGGCCGGCCCGGCCCGGCUCGCCGUGCACCAUGGGCUCCAUCCUGAGCCGCCGCAUCGCGGGCGUGGAGGACAUCGACAUCCAGGCGAACUCGGCCUAUCGCUACCCCCCGAAGUCCGGAAACUACUUUGCCUCUCACUUUUUCAUGGGAGGUGAGAAGUUCGACACCCCUCACCCUGAAGGUUACCUCUUUGGAGAGAACAUGGAUCUGAAUUUCCUGGGCAAUCGCCCGGUCCAGUUUCCAUACGUCACCCCUGCCCCCCAUGAGCCGGUGAAGACGCUGAGGAGCCUGGUGAACAUCCGGAAAGACUCUCUCCGACUGGUGAGGUACAAAGAUGGUGCGGACAGCCCCUCCGAGGACAGCGAGAAGCCGCGCGUCCUCUACAGCCUGGAGUUCACCUUUGAUGCCGACGCCCGCGUGGCCAUCACCAUCUACUGCCAGGCGGUGGAGGAGUUCCUGAACGGGACGGCUGUGUACAGCCCCAGGACCCCUGCCCUGCAGUCUGAGACCGUCCACUACAAGAGAGGGGUGAGCCAGCAGUUUUCCCUGCCCUCCUUCAAGAUCAACUUCUCCGAGUGGAAGGAUGAUGAGUUGAACUUUGACCUGGACCGGGGCGUGUUUCCAGUGGUCAUCCAGGCCGUGGUAGACGAAGGAGAUGUUGUGGAGGUGACCGGCCACGCCCACGUGCUCUUGGCUGCCUUUGAAAAGCACGUCGACGGUAGCUUCUCUGUGAAACCUUUAAAGCAGAAGCAAAUUGUGGACCGGGUCAGCUACCUGCUGCAGGAGAUCUAUGGCAUCGAGAACAAGAACAACCAGGAGACAAAGCCAUCGGACGAGGAGAACAGCGACAACAGCAACGAGUGUGUGGUGUGCCUGUCGGACCUGCGGGACACGCUGAUCCUGCCCUGCCGGCACCUGUGCCUGUGCAACUCGUGCGCUGACACGCUGCGCUACCAGGCCAGCAACUGCCCCAUCUGCCGGCUGCCUUUCCGGGCCCUCCUGCAGAUCCGGGCGGUGAGGAAGAAGCCAGGAGCCCUGUCUCCGGUCUCCUUCAGCCCUGUUCUGGCCCAGAGCAUGGACCACGAUGAGCAUUCCUGUCCCUUUAAAAAAUCAAAGGCGCACCCCGCCUCACUGGCCAGCAAGAAACCUAAAAGGGAAACAAGCUCUGACAGCAUCCCACCCGGCUAUGAGCCCAUCUCCCUGCUUGAGGCGCUCAACGGCCUUCGGGCCAUCUCCCCGGCCGUCCCUUCAGCCCCCCUUUACGAAGAGAUCACCUACUCAGGCGUCUCAGAUGGCCUGUCCCAGGCCGGUUGUCCCCUUGCUGGGAUCGAUCGAAUCCCGGAAAGCAGCCACCAGAAGGGCAAGCCGAGGAGCAAAUCCCCCGACAGCACCCUGCGGUCUCCGUCGUCUCCCAUCCACGAGGAGGAUGAAGAGAAGCUCUCCCAGGACUCGGACGCCCCUCCCCCACUGAGUGGGGCGGGGCUGGCGCUAAGCAGCUCCCCCGAGAGCUUUGUGACGGAGGACGUGGACGAGGCGUCGGCACUAAAGCAAGGGAGCCGAGUGCCAUCCAUCGAGAACGUCCUGCAGGACGGCAGCCCUGAGCCCUGCAGCCGCAGCCAGCCCCGCCUGCCGGCUGAUAUCUACCUGCCAGCCCUGGGGCCUGACUCCUGCUCUGUUGGUAUAGAGGAGUAAGCUGGAUGGUCCACCUCCGUGGAGAUGCCCCGCAGCCUCCGUACCACUGGCCCACCCCGGCCUGUGCUUGGUGGCCCCAGUCCUGAUUCUGGGGCCACUGAGCUGACCCCACUCUGAGAGCCUGGCCAGGCUGGCAGCAUGGAGCCCUCAGCUCCCCAGACUUUGCCGAGGGGCCACCGGAUUCCAGCGUGACCCCUGGCCUCUCCUGUCUUGCACGCUCUGCGUGGCCACUGGCUCCGAGGGGCCGGACGACCCUUGAUUGAAGAGCAUAGUGGACAGUCUCCUCUGACAAAUUCUUUUUUCUGUAGUUGAUGUAUUUGUAAAUGGUACAGAUGAAGGACAGCAGCUUUCUGUCCUGGGCUGUGAGCUCUGGGGUUUCCCCCAAAUGCCCCAUUGGCUGAGUGGCCAGGACCAGGGCUUGACCACCCACCUGCGGCCUGGAUUGGCUUCUCCUGUCACCCCAGCCACUGGGGACUCAACAGCCUGAACACUCAGCACAGACUCGCAGAAGAACAGUGUACUGGUGGGUGAGGUGCUGUCUUCACAAGAGGUGUUGUAGGGGCCUUGUUGCCAGAGGAGGAAGGGAAGGGGGGUCUGAGUCCCGGUCAGUGAAGGAAACCGUGCCUGUCCCCUGUCCCUCGUGCUCCCGUGUCCUCGGCAGCCUGGCUGUUGCUGCUGCUUCCCCUUCCUGCUCCGGCCCUGGAGGCGGUUGCCUCCCACAGCCGACCUUCCCCGCGGCCCGGCUCAGCCCUGGGCAGGGGGGUGGUGGCCACGCAAGGCUGCCGUGUGGGUCUGAUCCAGGGGCAGAGGCACAGGAGCACAGGCCAUCUGCAGCACUUGGUGACCGGUGGCCCCUCUGCGGGCCCUGCACCUUCUCCGAAGUGGCUCUGAUCACACGGCAGGGCCCUCCAGGUGAAGGGGCUUCCGCUGGGCUAGAGGGGCUGCCGUCCACUCACCCCGGGGAGGGCUCUGAGCAGCUUCCCUGCUUCCUCUUCACCAUCAUAAUGUCACUAGUUUCUCUUGGAUUUGACCUGUCUGGGGUCCCUGAAGGUGGACCUGCCUGGGGAAGGAACAUCCCAUCCGAGGUGACCUUGUUCUUUUUUUUGUUGUUGGUUUUUUCUUUUGUUGUUUUUUUUUUUUUUUUUUUUUUUUUUGAGCAAAAUUCUUUGGGCAACAGAGGCAGAGGGGGCAUCGAGCCCUGGUGCACCAGGGUGAGAACCGCCUGGGGGCACCUUGAGCCAGGUGGUUGGGUCUUUGCGGCUCCCUGGGCCACAAACACGUUCCUGGCCUGGGUGUGGCACGCAGAGGGGCCCACUUCCUGGGGAUCUGCCCUGGGAAGGAUGGUUCUGGGGCAGCCAGCAGCAGUCCACAGAGCCCCGGGCCUCACCGGCACCCCUCCCGAGGCUCGUCCUGCAGGGCGCUCAGGAGAGAAACCAGCAGUGUGAGAUUCGCUUUCUGUGCAGUCGAGCCCGUGAGCAGAGCGCUGCCUUACACACAGCCCUCCGCCAGGCUCAGGCCAACCUGUCCCAGUUGCCCGACUCCCCGGCCCCCGCCCCCUGUGCGCAUGCCUGCACAUACGCCAGGGUGCGCACGCGUGAGUGCCGCGCACAUGCUCGCAGGCUGCCUGCCCCCCGACCCACACCCCGGCCUCGCCAUUGGUAUUGGUGCCAGUACUCUGUCUGAAGGCCGGGAUGCAGACUGGCCUGUCUCGGACUUAACACGUGCUCUCAUUUGACGUACUCUGGCUGGUUUUUGUUCGUUUUUACUGUAUAUUUAUAGUAAUAAAAUCAUGCAGCAAUA